AUGUUUUCGGCGUCUGAAUACCUUGAACGUCGCGCAAAGCUUCUCGAUCUUAUUCCUGAUAAAUAUGCAACUGUCAUCGUGUACGGAAGAGAAAUUAUGAAGCGAAUCCCGACGAUCCCUUAUAAAUUCAGCCAAAGUUCAGAUCUCCUCUACUUAACUGGCUAUGACAGACCAAGUGGCAUUCUCGCUUUGACAAAGAGAGCAGGCCAAUAUGAUUCCUAUCUCUUUUUGCCUCCGAAAGAUAAAGAAGCCGAGAGAUGGGAAGGCUUUAGAACAGCAUUCGAUGUUGCAAAGUCGAUGUCUGGAGUUCAGCAUGUUCUUUCUGCCGACCAAUUCCAGGAUUGGGUUUCCAAGAACCUAAUUAAAUAUAAAACUUGCUAUACAAGCUCUCCAGAUGGCCGUCAGGUAACGAAAGACGACAGACUCCUCAGAAGCUACAUCGAUAACCUAAGAAUCAUUAAAGACGAGAAAGAGAAGAAAUGCAUGAUGAAAGCAUGUGAGAUAACCCAUAAUGCAAUCAUCAAUACUCUCCCAAUCAUCAAACCAGGAAUCAGAGAAGGCCUCAUUGAUAGCACAUGGAGGAACGAAUGCAUGAAAGAAGGCGCUACAGGUUUCGCAUUCGAACCAAUUACAGCAGUUGGAAAGAAUGCUCUUGGUGUUCAUUACCAGGGUAAGGACACCGUUGUUUCUGAUGGAACAUUCGUUGUUCUUGACGGUGGCGCAGAAUUUCAUCAUUAUUGUGCUGAUUUCGCGCGAACAAAACGUGUCGGAAAGGUUCCAAAAGAACAUACUGAUCUCUUACUGAUGAUAAACGACAUCAAAGACGAUAUUGUCCAGAAGGCCAAAGCAGGAGAUUUCCUAAAUCUCGACCACAUCCAUGUCGAGAACCAUAAGAUGAUCGCAAGAGUUCUCAGGAAGUUCGGAAUUAAGACAGGACUUUCCGAAAUGAGAGAACUUUGUCCAGAUCCAACUUGCCAUUGGAUUGGCCUUGACGUAUUUGAUACACCAACAGUUCCAACAGAUAAAUCUCUCGAGGCAGGAAACGCUUUUACAAUCAGCCAGGCAAUUUACUUUGAUCCUGCAAAUAGAAACGUUCCUGAUGUAUUCAAGGGUAUUGGUGUUAGAUUUGAGAACACAGUUAUGUAUGAAUAA